AUCCCCUUUCUCUCUCUACUUCUCUCUCCCUCCCAUAGCCCCUCUCUCUCCUCCUCCUCCUCCUGCCCUCGUUUUCUUUUCUUUCUUUUAGAGUAUUCAUAUUACAACACGCCUAAUGGAGUUUUUUUUUCUUUUCUUUUCUGGAUGAGGCUCCCUUGAAUUUAAAAAUGAUGGUUUCAUCAAAAAAAAAGUAAAAAUAGCUGUCAUUUUUUUUUCUCCCCUUCUCUCUCUCUUAUGGUCUGACCAUGAUGGUUAGAAUAAUAGGCUUUAUUUCUGCUCCAUGUCGAUCAUUUCUACGUGUGUGUAUAAAAGAGAGAGAUAGAGAGAGAGAGAGAGUGACAAGUACAUGACAUUUUCUUUGUUGUUGUUGUAUAUUUGUGUGCACGGUUGGUAUCAUAGUAAAAGACUCCCCCCCCUUUUUUUUUCCCUUUUGAGAGGGAAAUAUCCCACGUUACAGGUCAGUCUUGUUUAUUUGAUUACGCGAGAGGAUGGGGGGUGCGGGGGGGGGGAUGGAAGAGGAAAACCAAGUUUUUUUAUUUAUUUAUUCUGUGUUUAUUUUAACCUAUCACCCUUGUGAUUUCUAUUAUUAUUAUUAUUAUGGUGAUUUACUGUGUUGAUAGUAGUCAUGUUGGAAUUAUGUCUGAGAAUUAAAGGAGUGCAUGACACUAUAAAAAUGAGGUGUUUUUUUUUAUUUGUGAGCAUAAGCCUCGUUGAAAAUACAAAAAAAAGUUGACAAACAAACAGAGAUUAGAGUUUUUUUUAUUUUUUUUCUGUACUUUUUGUGUACGAAUGUGUGUCUAAAAUGAACAAAAAAAGAAAGAGAGAGAGAGAGAGAGAGAGAGAAAUGGAAAAGAGAGUGAUUUUUUUUUUUUUUUUUACUUAAAUUGAGAAUAUAUCUGCAGAAGUUGUAUUAUAGAAUGACUCGUGUCAAUAAGUUUUUACUAAA